GCUCUCUCUGCCUUGCUGCUUUAUCCCUGUAGCAGCGAUGUUUUGCUUCUCUCCAGCCGUUUGUGGCAUCAGAUUAGCUGAAUUCAAACAAAAAAAAAAAAAAGAAAGAAAACGAAAAGAAACUGUUGCAACAAAUUCAUUGCAUCCGCUGGGAGCCCCCACGGUGCAGCCUGUCUCACCUGCAGUACCGCAGAGCAAGCCCUGCCGCGUCUGAGCGCUGCGGUUUUGGAGCGAAGAAGCAGUGAGUGGGGCCAGGACUCCUGGGUUCGCUCCCUCGCCGCUGUGCCGGCUUCCUCGGAUGGUUCAGGCCUAAAUUUUUGCUCGCUGGAAGAGCCAGGGCUGCAGGGUCCGGCUGCAGGGUCCCCUGCUGAAGGCAGCUUAGGGACACAGGAGACAGCAGCAUCUGGGAGGAUCCGGCCCUUAAUUUGCAGGAUGGAGGCGCUGGGUUAACUGGGGAGGGGGCAACUCUCGCUCCAGGUUCAUCAGAGAGCGGACGAAUGCAUGCGAGGGCUCCAGCUCUUCGAGGACAUCAGCAGCGGUAAAUCUGUCCCAAACGUCCUUCACAGCGACUUCGAUCUGUCUGUGCUGCAGGACAGCAUUGAUUUGACCAAAGUCGCUGUCAUGGGCCAUUCCUUCGGUGGCAUCACGGCAGUGUUGGCCACGGUGAAGGAGCCCCGCUUCAGGUGUGCGGUUGCCCUCGACGCCUGGAUGUUCCCCUUGGACAACGCGCUGUACCCGGAGGUGAGCAAGCCCGUGCUCUUCAUCAACACUGAGAAGUUCCAGACACCGGAAAGCGUUGCCAAAAUGAAGAGGCUGAGCUCCAGAAACAGCCAGACGAAGAUUAUAACCAUCCUGGGAUCCGUGCACCAGAGCCAGACCGACUUCACCUUUCUGACCGGGAAGUUCGUCAACCGCAUCUUCAGCACGAGGGGCUCCCUCGACCCCUACAAGUGCCUGGAUAUCAACAGCCGGGCGGCUCUGGGCUGCCUGCAAAGGCACCUGAACCUGAACGAGGAGUUUGAUCAGUGGGACCAUCUCCUUGAAGGCAUCGGCGACUCGGUCGCUGCAGAAGCGCCCUUGUGCCGCUCCAGCCUCUAGCCUGCUGCGAGUCCAGCCGGCAAGCACUCUGGGGAGCCGGGUACCCGGAAAUCAACUGCUUCUCAUCCCAAAUGAACCACUCAGUAACUAACCUCCAGAGGGUGGGAGGUCCCGGGGGGAGAGCAGGGCCUGGGGACCGCGCUUGUAGGACGUUUGCAUCAGCGUCUUGUGGCUGCGGUGCUCUCACUGCGGUGGCUGCUCUGUGCAAUGAGAACUGGCGGUGGAGCGAAGGGAAUAAAAUCCCUGGGGGCAACGAAUGCGUCCCCGGUCACUUGA